CGCCUUAUCCAUACUAGACAAUAUUCGCCGUCCCUUCGUAUGGGUAUACACGCAAAGGUCCAGGGCUUAAAUGAUGUAUCACUCUGGGUGAAGGAACGGUCGUAACAUGAUGGUGCCAUAGCUGGUCUCAUCAGGGAAUGGACGCAUUCCUGGCCUACUUGCAGAGGCAACCCUAGCUCCUACGAGACAUCAAGGUAUGCCCGAUUCUAAGAAGUUUCCGGCGCGUUACUCACCCGAGGAAGGGGGUACAAUCUCGCUCGAGCUACCAGUGCUUACCGUCCUGGAGAGCGCGAAUCAACCCAUAGAUAGCACCAUGCUAUUCCUCUUACGACUUAUCUGGGUCUGGAUAUGAAGGCGCAGAAAAUGCUAUGUUUACCUGGCUCCGGUCAUACAGAAACAACGAACACUGCAGUCUUCAAAAUAGUUGGGAUCAAUAAACCGAG